AUGCCUCCACGACAAAUCCGUCCGAAACAUGAACCUGCCCUGACGGACGACGGCGUUGGCGACCCGAAAGGCGGAAAGCGAAAGGCCGUCUCGUCGGCGUGUAUACCAUGUCGAAAGAGAAAAAGCAAGUGCGAUGGGAACCUUCCGUCCUGUUCAACAUGCAUUGCCGUAUAUCGAACCGAGUGCUUCUACGAUGCCGACUCGGAUCACCGCAGGAAAGGCGCGCUGAAGCGUGACCCACACAAAAAUGACAGCCUGGACGUCAUUAUCGCCUCGCUACGAAAUCUACCAGAGACAGAGGCAGUAUCUCUGCUUCACAGUCUACGGGGCGAUGCAGAUCCAGAUGCUCUCGCGGAAUCGUUGCGAAACACUGUUCAUCUGCCUAACAGUUUCGCACUACAAACACUCGAAGCGGAUUUUGCGCAGGAGAUUGCUACUCCGUCGAGCGCAACUUUUGAGAACUCGCCUUUUCAUCCCUCGAGCCUGAUACGGACAGGCUCGGGUGAAUCUGAAAACUCAUUCCGCUCAGCCGCCACAUCUGCCCCGGCCGAGCAACAGGUGGGAUGGUUCAAAAGGCCAGAGGACCCUGAACUCAUUGAUCACCUACUAAGCCUCUACUCAUGUUGGGUGCUCCCCUAUCAUGGAUUCGUCUGCUGGAACUUGUUCACCAGUGACAUGGCGCGAGGCAAGACCGACUAUUGCUCAUCGCUUCUUGUGAAUGCCAUUCUCGCGCUGGCUUGUCACUAUUCGGAUAGACCGGCGGCGAGGACUGACCCCUCCGAUCCAGCCACAGCGGGCGAUCAGUAUUUUACCGAAGCGGAACGACUAUUAGAGCAAGCGGAUCAACCCAGUCUUACCACUAUCCAGGCACUUGGUAUCAUGGGAAUGCGCGAAGGCUCUGCUGGUCGAGACAGCCGAGCAUACCAGCUGGUCGGUCGCUGCGUUCGGAUGGCGCUCGAGCUGGGUUUACACCUGUCCAGUCUGCGACAAGGAUUGUCAGACACUGAGAUCGAAGCGCGGAGGAUUACUUUUUGGGCAGUGUUCAACCUGGAGACCACUUGCGCCGUCAAUCUUGGCCGUCUCUCACAGCUCCCAAGAGCGGCAGCGGAUGUCGAAAUACAUUCAAUCAGGACACGGUCGGAGUCCGAGACCUGGAGGCCCUACGUCGAUGCGAAUCUCUCCACGAGCGCCAGUGCGGAGCAGCCCUCCCGGGUACAUCUAUUCAAGGAACAGCUUUCUAAGCUAUCGGAGCUGGCGAGCGACAUGGUCAACACGUUUUACGCCCCAACAGAUACCCUCACAAGUCGGAAAUUAGCAGCCAUGUAUGAGCAGUAUCGGGCGUGGUACAGGAAUCUUCCUGAGGUAUUUCACUUGGAGAACACGACGCUACCGCAUGUGAUUGUUUUGCACAUGUACUACCAUACAUGCGUUUUGCACCUUUUCCGUCCCUACAUCAAGUUGGAUCUACGAACCGCAAAUCUGUACCCACACGACACGUGUACGUUCUGCGCCAAUGAGAUUUCCGCACUAAUGGGUGCCUUUCGAGCCAUGUACGGCCUGCGACGUGUCACACAACCAGCCAUAGCUCUGCUCCUAUCGGCCAGCACCAUUCACCUCCUGAAUCUUCCAUCAGAGACGGCAGCCAACAAUCUGUGCCAAGGGAUGCGGGACUUUGAAGCCAUGUCGGUGAACCACGGCCUUGCUGCGCGUGCCAUUGACAUCAUUCGUUCGCUCUCUAGCAAAUGGAAUAUUCCGCUUCCGGAGGACGCAGCUGUCAUCGCUAACUACCGCAUGGCAGGGCGAGGUGGAAAUCGUCAUUCUCCCCCUCAAGCAUCAUUCUUCGCUGCCACUAUCUGGCGGAAACAGAGCAGCGAGGGCAAGAAGUCUUCGAAUAGCAGUCAAAGCCGCUCAAGUCACCAGCAGAAGAACUCCCCCUUUUCACCACCUCCGUCACAAUCGAAAGUUGAACAACCGACCUCUGUGCAUCCAGUGGAGCCUGUGUAUUACGACGACCCUACAGCCCCUUUAGACCCUACUCAUGCACAUUUCUGGACACCUUUUCCCACCCAGAUSAUGCCCAUGGCACAUACUCAUUCGCAGGAUUUGGACAUGAUGGAUAUGGCAACGCAGCUUGAUGGACAGCAACAGUGGCAUGGUAUCAGUCAUCUUCAAAGUGACCCGAAUUUCUCAACGACUCAUCCCAGCGCUGGCGCGCACGGUGGCCAUGCCGAGGGACGUAUGCAGCUAGGGGAUGAUAUGAUGGGUGGAGGCGGUUCAUGGCGUUGGGAGUAA